CGCGCACGCGCAGUGCCCGCGCCAUGCUGCCGCUGCCGCCGCGCCUUCACCUCCUCCUCCGUGAGGGGCUCCCUCCGCUCCCUCAGGAUCCCCCAUCCCCGCACCCUCCUCAGCCCACGCCGCCCUUCACCUUCGCCCCUCGCCGCCUCCGCCUCGGCCCGCAACACCCGCUCUUCGAGGAUGGGGACGUGCACAGGCACCUCUACCUGCAGGGCGUCCUCACCAGCCUCGAGGAGGUGGCCGAGAGACCCAAGGUGUCCGAGUUCAGCUGCCACAUCUCUGGGUGCAGCCAGGUGUUUGACACGCUGGAGGGCUACGAGCACCACUACAACACCCUGCACAGGAAUGUCUGCUCCUUCUGCAAGCGCUCCUUUCCCUCUGGGAAUCUCUUGGAUAUCCACAUCUUGGAGUGGCACGACUCCCUCUUCCAGAUAAUGGCCGAGAAGCAAAAUAUGUACCAGUGUCUGGUGGAAGGCUGCACGGAGAAGUUCAAGAGCAGCAAGGACAGGAAGGAUCACUUGGUGACCGUGCACCUUUACCCUGCUGAUUUUCGGUUUGACAGGCCCAAGAAAGUGAAAAGUGGCUCCAAGCACAGGAACUCUCCCGUGGAGCAGGGUGCCAGCAUGCCCAUGGAUGUGAGCGUGGACAUGGCAGAGCAAUUCCAGGUGAAUCCCGUGGAAACAGAGCCUGAGGAGAACAUGGAGAUCUCUCAGCCUGCAGCCAGCUCUGGCCCCUCACUGCCAGAGAAACGACUCUACAAAUCCAGGAUCCCAUCCACAAUUUGCUUUGGACAAGGUGCCACCCGAGGAUUUAAAGGCCCACGGAAGAAAGUCUGAAGGUCAGUGCAGCAGAUUUGUGCAAGAUGAGCAGGCAUGGAGCCAGUGCCACCAGGGAUAUUUCCAGUUCCCACUCCAUGGAAUGAACCACCCAAACCAAUUAAAGCUCUACCAGCAUUUGGGUCACGGGUUCCUGAUGUCAAACAGAACUGGCACCAUCUGACUGAGUUAAGAAUCCUCAAGAUUUUAGGAAGGGGAACCCAGAACCCAGUGUGGUGAGGUGCUAAGGAAAUUGUCCUGCAGCUGAGGCUGCACAGGAUUGGGUGUUUUAGUUUUUGCCUCUUGGGGAUAAAACACAUAUUCAAGAAGUUACAAGACGACAGCAUGACUGUAUGGAAGCUGGAAUCACUGAGAACAGAAAAUGGGGGAAAAUAACCCCAUCGGUCCUUGGUUCUGACUUUUUCCAUCUCCAUGAAGUCUCUGCAGCCCAGCACCUGCUCUGGAAGGUUUAUCUGGGCUAGGAGAAGUGUGUUCGCAGGGAGUUAAAAUAAAGUGACUUUCAACCCGGUGAAUAAAUAAAAGGAAUUGUUACAAAAUUGCUUCAUAAAGAAUUUAAGUGCUACUUUGAAGCCCAGGCAGGGUCAGAUGUGUGGAAUGAACCUCCCUCCCUCUGCUGCAAAUACUGACGAAAUCAGGUUGGGAUGGAGGUUGUUUUCCCUGUUGCCUUUCCUUUCCUUUGUAAUCUCAUCCUCCUGGAAAAAGCUGGAAACACAGAGCCACUGGUUUUGGGGUCCUAGGGAAUCUUGACACUCAAAAAUUGUGCAUAAGGGGAAAAAAAGAGGUUUCUGGAACAAUGUUUAUCCAAGAAGCUUAGGAUCCAUAAUUGCAUUUUUUCCCUUCCCCCUCUCUGUGAGGAAUAGAAGAUCAAAGGGGCUUUGAAAAAUCCUUGCAAAUGGGAGCAGGGAAUGAUGUUUACGGAGAUGUAGGAGAUUUCCCAAUGAGUUUUAAAAAGCUUCGCUCUGUUUAAAACUCAUCCAGCUUGUCCAGCCCUAAUCCCUGCUCCGUGGGCGCUGGAGAGUGCUGCAGGAAAACCCUGCAGCCUCACGAUUGCCCAGGGACCAAAAAUCACUUCCCAGCACUAAAGCCCAGAAUGAGGCUUUUUUUCCCCACACUGGGAUAUCUGGGAAUGGGGAGCAGGCUCUGUGUUGCUGGUGAUGCCUGCAGGCUUAGGCCUGUGAUGGUACAAAGGUCAGGCAGCAGCCCAGGCUGCUCUUGCUUAUGUGUUUAGGUCCACGAGUCCUAACCUUUUUCCCAGAGUCCAGGGUUCCUGAGUGCCUCACCUUGCUAUUGGAAAAAACACACUGAAGUUGCAGUUACAGCCUCAGGGCUCCUGGCUGACUCUCUUCUGGGCCACCAGCUUUUCCCAGAGUCCAACAAAGUAUUUCCCAGCUGGCAGUGGCUGUCAAAAAUCCUUAUUUCAAGCCAAAACUUGAAUUUCCCAUCUCUCCAGAGAUCAUGCACUGGCAGGAAGACAUGGACCUGUCUGCCUGGUGGGGUGCACAGGCUGCCAUCUCCUUGAGCAGCAGGACCUGGAUCCACCCAGUGCCACCAGAGAGGGACUUGGAUCCACCCAGUGCCACCAGAGAGGGACUUGGAUCCACCCAGUGCCACCAGGGAGGUGUGGGCCGGGCCGCCACGGGCCGGGCAAAGUGCGAGGCAGGUGUGGCAGGAGACAGCCACGGACAGGACCAUGGGACUCCGCAGUGUGACCAUCCUGCUGGGCAUCGCCCUCCUCCUGCUGGCACCUGGCAGCACCCAGGCUCUGAGCAGCUCCCGAUGGAAGGACCUGGCCACGGAGCAGGACUUGGCUGAGGAAAUCAUCCUGGGCGUAGAAGCCAACGAGCCAUCAGAGGGUGAACCUGGUAUAAAGGUCUUCUCCAGCAGCGCCUGGGCUCAGAGGGCCCCACCCCAAGUCCAGCAGCCCCAAGAUGAUGCCAGAGAGGCCAGUGCCCGUGUGCCAUUCUGGAUGCUGGCCCCAAAGGUGCAGAAUGGCCCGGAGGAGGAUCGUGACUACCUUUACCACCCUGAGGAUAAUGCCAGGGAGGAUGACAUCUACAAGCCGCUCCGGAUGCUGUCUGUGGCGGUGCAGAAUGACCCCGAGGAGGACCGUGACCACAUCUACCACAGCUGAGUGGAGAUGUGCCCGGGCUGUGAAGUGAGGGUUGGGAUUUCCUGGGGAAAUUUGCCCCUUCCCACCCAGCCUUGAGCCUCAACAAUAAACCCACUCCCCUCUGCA